GAUGAGGUUUACAGUGUUAACGAUCUCGCUGCUCUUAAAUUGCGUUUUGUAUGAACAGCUUUGUCCAUCUCAGCCUCACUGUUGCGCUGUUGUGCCAACAUUCCGGUCCUGCGUGUGUCUGUGGGCAGCGCAGCCCCGCCGUAAUACAGCAGGAUUAUCUCUUUCAGCCUGCUAACAGGCUCCAAAUAUAUGGCACUUUAAAACUGUCAGAACAGCCUUUCCCCUCUGAAUGGGCGACACGUGGAAAAGCUGCUUCUCAGUGAGAGGCUUGCUCCUUUGCCAGAUACAUUGCAGUGUCACAUACACCUCUUUUUUUUUCCUCCUUCCAAACGGAUCCGCUUCUCCUCAGGGGCAAUGACUGCCUCCAUUAAUGAUUCACGGGCUCAAAUAAAAGGGUUUUAAGUUGACGCUGCGUCACGUGAGCGGGGCGCAUAAUACUGCGCGAUGUUAUGGCACUGGGAAGAAAAACCCGAGCCCCGGUCUCGCCAUAUGAUGCAGAUUAUAUGCUGGUUACCCCCACUUUCCGCGAGGGGAGCCCUGGCUUUAUAGUUUGCUUAUCGAGGGGGGAGAAAAAGAAAGUAUAGAGGCGAAACGGACUGAAAGAGAGAGGAUCCCGGGGUUGUGGAUGUAUUCUGCUAUCACGGACGGAUAUGUUUUUCCACGCGGACACAGUCAGAGCCCGAGCUGUGGGAGGAUGGAUUUUAUUUUGAGAAAUCCAGUCCAGUAAAUUCAGGCCAUCGCGCGGUCACGGAAACACCCUGAGCUGCCUACGGUUCACCCGAGGAGGCCAUUGGCGGAGAGGCGUCACGUGACCACGGGGUGCCAAUGUUAUUCUACAAGGGUGUCAAGACCCUGUCAGUUUCUGAAAUAAAUAUUGGGAAACGGCGAGAUGCAAAAGGCAACCUACUACGACAGCUCGGCAAUUUACAGUGGCUACCCAUAUCAAAGCGCAAAUGGCUUCAGUUAUGAUGCCAAUCAGGUCCAAUAUCCCCGGGCCUCUCAUGUGGAAAGUGAGUACCAUCGACCUGCCUGCUCCCUGCAGUCUCCCGGCGGCUCCGUAACGCUGCAGAAGCCAGGGGAGAUGGCGGAGAGCUGCGACAGGACCACGGCCAUUCAAGCGGGGCAGUCCAAGGUCCUUCCCGAAAGCAAUCAGCCGCAGGUGCCGGUGUCGGGCCCGCCCCCCUCCUCGCAGUCACCCGGUGCCAUCAGCCAAAACGCAAGCAACGGGUCCAGCCAGCCCGGUGCCAAGAACGCCUCCCCGACCUCCGGCGCUCGCAGCAAACAGAUCUUCCCGUGGAUGAAGGAAUGCCGUCAGAACACCAAGCAGAAACCCACCAGUAGCUCCAGUUCAGUGGAGAGUUGCCCCGGAGACAAGAGCCCUCCGGGGUCAGCAGCAUCAAAGAGGGCCCGGACAGCUUACACCAGCGCGCAGCUCGUGGAGCUGGAGAAGGAGUUCCACUUCAACCGGUACCUCUGCAGACCCCGGAGGGUGGAGAUGGCCAACCUGCUCAACCUCACAGAGAGACAGAUCAAAAUCUGGUUCCAGAACCGCAGAAUGAAGUACAAAAAGGAUCAAAAAGGCGUGGGGAUGAUGUCUUCUCCCGGUGGACAAUCCCCGCGGAGUCCCGUGGGCCCGGGCUCCGGCGGCGGCGGCGGAUACCUCAACUCUAUGCAUUCUCUUGUAAACAGUGUACCAUAUGAAUCCCAGUCGCCCACUUCUUACAAUAAACCUCAUCAAAAUGCAUACAGUAUGGCUACGUCAUAUCCCCCUCCUAUGAACAACUCCCUCAGCAGCUGCCCCCCCUCUCAGAAGAGGUACCCCGGGACAGACUCGGCCACGCCCGAGUAUGACGCGCAUCCCCUGCAAGGAAAUGGCAACUACGGAUCGCACAUGCAAAGCAGUCCCGUUUAUGUCGGCGGAGGCUACAUCGAGACCAUGUCCAAUUCCGGGGCCUCCGUUUUCGGUCUGACCCACCUCUCUCACCCGCCGUCCGCAAAUAUGGAGUACAAUGGAGCAAUCACAAUGGGCAACAGUCAGCAUCACGGAGUGUGUGAUCCGACACCGACGUACACAGACCUAACACCGCACUACUCUCAGGGAAGAAUCCAGGAAGCGCCCAAACUGACGCAUCUGUAGCAGUGGCGCUGUCCGGAUCACUCCGCCCAUUGUUCCUUCCACCUCCAGACAUAUUACUGCUUUGUUUCUGCGCCUCCUCACGGUUUCCAUCUUCACUUCUGCUUUUGUUUAUGUUCCCUAUAGUUUGAUGUGUGAAGUAGCGUAGGAUAAAUAACCACGACUUGCUUGAAUUUUCCUCUAUUUGCUUGUGUCAUUGUCUCACAAAGACCAUUAUCUAGAAUGGCUCGGGGGGUGGGGGGCGGGGGUGGCAACAUAGCCUAUGCAAAGGCCUAUUUAAUCUUUUUCUUUUUGUUUUCAAAUCGAGACUCAAACAGGGUAUUUUGAACACGUUAUUCAUUUUCAAUGUGAAGUUGUCCGUCUUUUAUUUAUCCGCAGUUGAAGUAUUGUGUUUUUUUUUGCAUUUUGUUGCACUUGUGUUAGAAACCUCAAGAGCCACGAGAUGGGAUUAUGAGGGAAAUUCAUUUUCGAAAACAAGGGCCAUAGGCUUUCACGCAGCCCCCUCUUGCUUAUGUUUUGUUCUAUUGGACUCUCUUAUGUUAUUUAUUUGGUUGGUAAAGAUAAAAUACCCCUUUAGUAUUAUUUGACACCCCUCCAUCUUCGUGUAGGGAAAGGUUGGUGGGGGAAAAAAAGAAGAAGGUCUCGGCCCUUUUCAGCCCGUACAUCUAGUCUGACGCUCCUCGACGGGAGCAGUAGCAAACCAUGGCGUUCUUGCUAUUGCCAUGUUUCCAGCUUUUCUUCUUUGAGGAGGUGUUUUAUUUUUCUCAGCGAAUGUAAAAUCAAUCAGUCAUGCAAUAAGGAAAGAAGGACACAUGCUAGCAGAUUUCUUUUCUUUUUUUAUUGAAGAAAACAGAAACACAUCAUCUUCAUUUCUUUCUCGAUGUCAAACAUUCCAUGCUGCUCAAGUUCGACGAAAACAAUAAAAGAAUUGAAAUAAAAAUGAAAGAACAUCCUUCAGUUUUAAUUCAGAGCUCUCAGCAGCAUCCCACAUGUUCAUAAAACCAAAUACAAGCAAUUCCCUAAUGAAAACAAACAAAAAAAAAAAACAUUUCUAGAUUUGUUAUUAUAGAGCAAUGUAACCUAAAUUUCAAGGUAAAAUAAAAUGAUCCUAAAAUCACAUAAAUCCAUCCACAGGCAACUGGUAGAAAAGUUAAAGGUUUAAUGAUAAUUAAAAUGUACAAAAAACAACUAUAAAUUAUUAAAUAUAGCUUGUUUAUUUCGGAGACAAACGAUUGCAAAGUCAUUGCUCAAAUUACUAAUCGAUAACAUAAGGAGAACUAUCCUCAGAUAAAAAUCAAACAUUGAAUAAAAGCUACUUGAUUUUAUUUCCUCCCCUCCUCGUGCUUUGACGUGAAGAGAACUCGAGGGUGGCCUUUCCCCUCCUCUCAUCUGCGUGGGCACAUCCAUAAUAAUAAAAAUGUCACCCGGGCCCUUGUGGAGGUUCUGCAAGAAGACAACAAGCUAAAUGAGAAAUCGUUUAAAAAAAAUAAGCCCCUGAUAUGUUCAGUCAGUCAAAUACGGUCUGAGAGGAUGCAGGGUGAACUCGAAUCAUAAAGGUGCUUAUUUGUCUUAUCAUUCUGCAGAUUUGCGGAUGCCAGCGUAAAGCCAGUUCAGCACAAAGUACCUUGCUUAUUAUAAAAGCCACGGGGAAAAAAAAUGAUCGAUGGAAAACUGAAAUGAUUUUGUAGGCCUAAAUGCUUUUUCUUAUUCUAUUUUUUCUAUUUCUAUUUUCCUCUUUGGUAAAAUACAAAAUGUUGCUUCAAACAAAUAGUAAAAUGUAACGUAUUUUUUGUUCCAUAUUUUCAAUGAUCUCUUCGCAUUUAAAUGUUAAGAAAAACCCCACAUAACCCACAUGGAGCUACUACGUCAGAUUCCGGAUAAAAUCCUGUUUUAAGUGCAAAAAUAUUUUUGCAAAUAUUUUGUGCGUUUGUAAUAAUUGUUUUUUUUUGCACUGAUUUAUUGAUGUACUUUUAUUUCCUAAACGAAAUUUGAACCCAGAACUAAUUGUCAUCGGAGGGCAUGAACAUUACUGCAUGACAUAUGGUUAGCAGGGAAACCUAGAACAAUUGAAGCAUGGUCUGUCACGAAAAAAAAAAAAAUGCAUUGAUGCAUAGUUCGGCAUCCAACACAGACACACAACACACACACACGGUGGGAUAAAGGCACGCACACGUACAGGCUUACACAACAGGAGAACGGUUUGACCCAUAUAUGCGCAGUUACACAGGUAGCACACAAACGGCGUUUUCACUGAAAUGGGACGGCUGUGUUUCGCUCUUUGCAUUCGCAUCCGUGGGAAAGUGGUCCUAAAUCAAUCCUGCUAGGAAGAUAAGUGUGUAAGACAGGCUGGGCUCCACUAAAUGCAGCCACCCACUCCUUUUCUUGAACACAAAGCCUGUGCGUAAUUCCAAAAAAGCCAUGCGUCUCUUCCCCUAGCAAGUCUCUUUCACUGGUCCUCUCACAGACAUGCAUGCCUGGGGAAGAAAAAAAAAAUCCUUGUGUAUAUUAACAUCUAAAAUAUAAAAUCCAGGUGGGGGAAGCAGGCUGUGCCCCUUACUCACCGUUGGCGCAUUGCUGCCCUCUCAAAAAGGAAAUGGUCGCAUCUUGUGUGCUUGGAUUCUUAUUUGUCUUUUAAAACAUCCCUCCAGCGACAACCAGGCUAAAACUGCGAGCAUAAACUGGUUCUAAUCUAAGUGGCCAGUGUUUCUCGGCGCUUCCUGGCUGCAUUUGAUCCGGGGGAGAGUUAGAAGCCUUAAAUGUGUUGUGAGGGCACCGAGCUGUCAGACCUUUUGGCGAGUAAGAUUGAUCGCGCGCAGGCUUCCAGGACUCUUUGUUUGGUAUAUAAGCAACAAACUGAGAGAGGCCUUCCACUUCUCCUCUCUUCUUUCCUCUGUUAUCCACCAAGCCAUAGCCUAUAUGGUUUAAUGAAUGAAAGUACAGCAUGUACUGCCCGACGAAUAACAUCCUGAAUGUGGCUUUCACAGAUUAGUCUGGAAGAGCUAUGAAACCAAACACGGCGGGGAAGAACCAUUCAAUAACACUCCCAUCUGCAUAAUAACGCUGCAAAUAGAUUCUUUUUAAAUGGUCACUGGUAAAUCAUGUGUUGAUGUUUGCUUCAUUGCAAAUCCAGGUAUGUGACAAUGGAAAUAUGGUGGUGAGCUUCCCCCAACCACUGCAGCCAGUGUCACUCCAAGCAAAUGCUGGUCUCGUCCAUGCGCUCCGCAGUUUAAGCAUGAACACAACACUAUUUUUAUACACAGAGAUGCCAUUUAAAGGAGUGAAGCAGCCAUGGCUGCUUCUAGUCAUCGAAAAAUUGCAAUCACGAGAGAAAGAGCCCCUCUGUGUAGUGCUUCUGAAAAAGAUGCGCGUACGUGAGCGCGCCUGACCUCCUUAUGAAAUCGACCUUAUGUGGAAUAAACGAAUAUGUGCCUUUAUAUCAUAUUUCUGCAGUCAGGAUGGUUAAACAAACAUUUGCGAAUGCUCGUGCACACAUGUAUCCAUUUUUCUGCAGAUUCCUCGCCAGUGUUUAGCUCUUAUGAGAGGAAAUGGUCUGAACGUGUCAUAUCUGUCAGUGUUAACUUAAUGGUUGGGCAUUUUACUGCAACAUAUGCCAAAGGAUGCGCUGCUCAUCUUACUGUUAUGCAACAACACGUGUAUUCUGUUCACACUCAGUGAAUAUAGAUCUGUCUGCUUGGGUUUGCUCCCACCGAGAACACUCAGUUUUGGGGUUUGUUUUCUUUUUCAUUUCUGAAGUCUGCCUAUAACAUGAAGAGCUACUGGCGUGAAAUGUGUGUGUUUGUAUGUGUGUGUGCGUGCUAGUGUGAAUGUGCGUGUGUCUGUGUGUGAGUGUGUGUGUGAGUGUGUGUGUGAGGCGGGGGCGUUCUCGACUGACAUCCUCAAACAAUACGAGAAAGAGGAGUGCACGAAUCCGCGCACCCCUAGGCUGGGCUCCCUCCUUGUAAUAGUGAGAGUCGGCCAUUCUUAAAAAACACAUUUUGUAGCUUAGUGGACUGGACUGGAGGAGCGAGAGGAGGAUAAGCGGAGCGGACAAAGAUGUAAAUAAAAACAGUCGUGCCCCAGCUGAGCGAGGCGAGAUUCACCAGUUUUUGGAUCAAUCAGGCAGACAGUGGCUUCUUUUGACUAAACCCCAAAUUGUCAUUGGACAGAGGUAAUCAUGUGACAGGCAGUUCGGUCCAAUUUCAACCUUGUCUCCAUGAAUUCAAUAGUUUAAUAGUGGCUGGGUCCCCACACGGCCGUAAUCAGUGAAAUAGAAAAAACAACACAGGAGGGGGUUUUUUUUAUGAUUUUUUUUUCUUCUCGUCCUCACUGAGCAGCAUCAUUUAUAAAAAUACGCGUGCAAACUUUCCUCGGCUCUCAGGGAGCGGAGAUG